GAGGUGGCGGGGGGUUGUGCUCGCUCCUGCUCUCUAUGCUCUCUGACCCCAGUGGCAGCUCCGACUCACUGCACUCCCCCUCCGUCACACUGCUCUCUCUCUCCUUCUGUCUGUCAGUGUCUCUCCUCCUCUCUCCCCUUCUCUCUCUUGUCUGGUUUCUUUCCACAGGAGCCAGCCGAGGUCCCGCCGGGUCGAAGGUUCUGCCCUAUCCGCCCAGACUGCUGCAACCCCCGGACGGCCGCUCACAGCCUCCCCGCUCUCCCGCCGCUGCCGCAUGGACCCGCGUCCCUCCGCCGCCGCCGCGUAGAGGGCGACCCCGACCCGACACUCUUUCUCCGGCCAGAUAAAAACCGCACAAAACCCACACGAAGUGCAGACUGCAGUGUGUCGUGGUCGAGUCGGUCGGCUGGGUCGCUGCUACUGGGAGACUUCCUGAGCUUCUUGAGCUGCCCUGAAGGAUGACUGCUGCACGGCUCACUGCUGAAUCCCGGUGAACGAACGGCGUCUCAUGUCCAAACGGCGGAAGGAUGGCUCAUGGCAAAGUGACCAUCACGGUGGACGAGUACAGCUCCAACCCGACACAGGCCUUCACACACUACAACAUCAACCAGAGCCGCUUCCAACCUCCACAUGUCCACAUGGUGGACCCCAUUCCUUAUGACAAUCCCAAGCCAGCAGGACACACCAGGUUUGUGUGUGUGUCAGACACACACUCGCGCACAGACGGCAUCCAGAUGCCCUACGGCGACGUGCUGCUGCACACGGGUGACUUCACCGAGCUGGGCCUGCCCUCCGAGGUUAAGAAGUUCAACGACUGGCUAGGUGGCCUUCCGUACGAGUUUAAGGUGGUGAUCGCCGGCAACCACGAGCUGACCUUCGAUAAGGACUUUAUGGCCGAGCUGGUCAAGCAGGAUUACUACCGAUUCCCCUCCGUGUCCAAACUCAAACCCGAGGACUUUGACAAUGUGCAGACGCUCCUCUCAAACUGUGUGUACCUGCACGACUCGGACGUCACCAUAAAGGGAUUCCGGAUAUACGGGGCGCCCUGGACUCCGUGGUUUAACGGCUGGGGGUUCAACCUGCCUCGGGGUCAGUCUCUGCUGGAUAAAUGGAACCUCGUCCCUGAAGGCAUCGACAUCCUGAUGACCCACGGACCUCCGCUCGGUUUCCGAGACUGGGUUCCUAAGGAGCUGCAGCGGGUCGGCUGUGUGGAGCUGCUCAACACGGUGCAGAAGAGGGUGCGACCCAAACUCCAUGCCUUCGGAGGCAUACACGAAGGUUACGGGAUCAUGACGGACGGCUUCACGACGUUCAUCAACGCGUCGACCUGCACCGUCAGUUUCCAGCCCACCAACCCCCCCAUCGUGUUCGACCUGCCCAACCCCUCCAGCUCCUGAGACCAGAGGAAGGGGUGGGGAGGGGAGGGGCAAGGGCACCAUAAACUACUUUUUUUUCUAUAAAUAUGUCAAGUUAAAAAAAAAAAAAAUCUAAGUGUUUCUUUGCAAACGUUUUGGUCUUCUCAAGCUGUUGUUGAGAUUGAGAAGAUGUGGAGAUGUGGGGCGGGGGUUUGGUGGGGGGUUUGUCUGGGAGGGUCAAAGGAGAAUACCGGUGUUUUUGUUUCAAAACGUGCCACCUAUGCUCGUUUCCUGCGCCAAGUCAGCAUGGUGGCAGAUACCAGGGUCUGUUCUUCAGAGGAACAACAAUGUUAUUUAACCUUGUUCAUUCUUGAAAUCCAGUGUUGAAAGAAUAAAAACAAACAUACUUUUGUCACAUUUGCAUCAUGCAGAGUUAGCAUUUUUAAUCACCGGGUUUCUGGUAAUCACUAUGCAGCUACAAAUAAAAGUGAAAACAUCAUCUAGGAAAGUAUCCGUAAAAAAUCCCCUGCCUUGCAGAACUGAGCAGGGUCCAUUUGUUUCUGGAUUCAUAAAGUUAAUUUCCUACAAAACAAGCUUAUUUUACACGCAUUAUUUCUGUGACAAAUCCAUAUUUUGGUGAGGGGGUUGAGAGAAUUAAUACAAGUUACGUUUCUGAUAUAAGCUGUUGAUGUCACAAAAAUCAAAUGUUAUGAUGACAGGAAAAACUGGAGGGAUUAUUGUCCUCUUCGUACUCUAGUACUAUCAAUUCUGCAUUUAUGCAAUGUCAAAUUCAUUUUGGGGGAAUGUGAAACAAAGCUGCAAGUGACACUGGUAUUCUCCUUUUCUGGGGGAUUUUGUGGUUAAACAAUCUUGCUCUUGAUAAAUAUUGGUCAGAUCUGUAAGAUAAAUGAUGCUUUGUGAAUUUGUACAAUUUCUUUAUGUUUGGUUUGCAUUGGCCGGACAAUGGAUGCCAUUGUUUUAUGUUGUAUCAUCUGAUAUUUUGUGAUUAGAUCUUCUUUUUUUCUCUCGUCAGUUCCUCUUUUCUUAUUGGCUGACAGGGACGCUGCCUUAAACUAGCUUAAAUGUUUCAGCUAGAGCCCCACUCUCUGCGAGCUCAGAGAAAAGUCCUUAUUUAUUACCCGCAAAACAACACCUGACCAACGCAGGGAUAGAAAGCUAUCAAAUUACAACCCGUAAAUUUUAACUUUUUAACUUCCCAUUAUGGAUUUCUGAUCUAAUUUGGAAAAUGUAUGUAUAAAAUAUAUAUAAAUAUAUAUUAUAUAUUCAUGUUGUAAAACAUCUGUACUAAAAGUAGUGUUUGACAAAAAAAAGAAAAUCUGGUGCAUUUUUUCUGUGUGCACCUGUAUAAUUGACCUGUUUCUUUCUGCUCCCUUCAGACGCUCUUUCUUUAAUGUGUUUUGUAUGGACUCUGCCAGUAGGGCAGACUUUCAUUUUGGAAGAGAGAGGAAAAUAUGUCAGAGUCACAAUCCAACAGGUGCUGGUUGCUCCCAACAACACGCCUGCCUAAACCUGGUAAAGCUGUCCUUUUAAAGUGUAAAUCUGAUAGUAUUUGUGUUUUAUUGCUUUUCUUUUUUUCUAAUUUUGCACUGUGUGUAAAUGCAAUCUUGCUAGCACAAAAAAAAUGUUGCCAAUAGUUGUCUCAACUUUGUCGCUGUAAAUGCUCUUCCGUGCUCUGUUCCUCUCUCGCUCUUUCUCUGAUUGUAUCCCUCUUCAUGGAAAUGUUAGUUCUCUUUCAGUUCAUUGUGAUAUAUUUAGCUGCCUUUAUAUGCAAAUAAAAUUGCAAGAUUUUUACUUAUCAA